UUUAAUCUCGUCAGGGUUUCAGAAAAUAUCAAAUUCUAAUUAAAAACUUCGAACUCUACUAAAUCCAUUUGAAAUUCAAACCGAUAGGUUUUCACUUUUCACUGAUGCUGCGUAGUGCGUACACAAGGCCUACGAGCAAAUUCAUGCUCGCCAGUUAUUCAGUAAGGGAUAUAGUGUAGGAGUAUAAUAUUCAUUUAUCUAUUUAUAUAAAGGUGAGAGGGGUCCAGAGUGUUCAGACACAAACAUAUAUACAAACAAUAAUAUCCCGCGGCAAGUAAAAGCAUAGAUUGUAGCCAUGGCGUUGAAGGUGAAGACAAAGAUUGAUGACCAUGAAGUACACGAUCAAGAAGAAGAAGGAACACCAGUAAGCCCACUAGGACAAUACCUCAACAGUUCAGUUGUGUCUCUUUCUCUCUACGCGGUUCUUGAAUUCCAAGUUCCCGUAAAUGACUUGCCCACAUCUCUCAUCCAAGAAGUUUUCUUACCCAUCAACCCUCGCUUUUCUUGUAUCAUGAUUGAUGAUAAGAAAAGUGUAAAGAAAUGGAAGCCUGUUGAAGUGAACGUUUAUGACCAUUUCUUUGAUCCUCAAUUUCCCGAAGGAUUAUCGCCCGAAGAAUACGAAGAGUGUCUUCAUAGCUACAUUUCUAAAAUUGCACUUGAACCACUUCCACAAAGCAAACCCUUAUGGCAGAUUCACAAAUUUAGGUAUCCAACAAGAAAUGGAGCUGGCUGUCUUAUAUUUAGGUUUCAUCAUUCACUAGGGGAUGGGUAUUCACUUAUGGGAGCUCUUCUUUCUUGUCUACAAAGAGCUGAUGAUCCUUCUCUUCCACUAACACUUCCUUCUCGUCAAUCCUCAAGCACCAAGGCUAAAAAGCCAAAUGUUUCCUUGCUCAAAAGCGCUGCUCAGUUUUCGUAUACUGUCAUGACAAGUCUUUUGGAUUUUGGACGGGCUAUGUUAAGGAGCAGUAUAUUGGAAGAUGAUUAUACUCCGAUUAGGUCUUCCUCUGAAGGAGUCGAGUUCCGUCCUCUGGCCAUAACCACGAUGGCCUUUCGCCUAGAUCACAUCAAGAAAAUUACUACAAAUCUGAAAGUGACGAUAAAUGAUGUGAUGACGGGUGCAAUAUUACUGGGAGUUAGGAUGUACAUGGAGGCGGAGGAGAGCAAAUCGAGCAGUGCAAAUUCGACAUCACUGGGAUUGCUUAAUACAAGGGACAUUCAAGGCUACAAGUCCGUUAGUGAGAUGCUUAAACCCAAGGCUAGCAUGCCAUGGGGUAAUCAUUUCGCAUUUCUGCAUCUGCCUAUGCCCAAAUUGACCGAUCCGCGUAAUUCCCUUGAUUUCGUCUUUCAAACGCACCAAACUAUCAAGCGACUGAGGAACAACUAUGCUGCUUUUCUUACCGGUCAGCUUUUAGAUAUAUCCCUUAAAGUUGCAGGUCCAGAGGCUACUUCUAAAUUACUUUACAACACUAUGAAGAAUUCGAGCCUGACCAUUAGCAAUAUGAUUGGACCCAUAGAACAGAUGGCUUUGGCUAACAAUCCUAUUAAUGGGCUCUACUUCACAGCUUCCGGACUUCCACAGAGUCUAACUGUAGGUCUGAUAAGUUACGUGGGAACUUUACGAGCAACCAUUGCAGCGGAAGAAGGGUUAAUCGAUCCGAACAAGGUGAAGGCAUUCAUCCAGAAAGCGUAUGACGACAUAUUUGAAGCUGCUAUUCUUUCGGGUUGUUGAGCUUCUAUUUAUGUUUGGUUCCCCAAAAUAGACAUUUCUCUCUGGAACUGGUCACUGUUAUUAACUUAUGGAAGUUUAUUUUCCUGUUCA